AUGGACACAGGAAUUGUACCAGAAAAGAAAAGGGUGAGCUCGGAGCGGAGAAAGGAGAAGUCGAGGGAUGCGGCGCGAUGCCGGCGUGGAAAGGAGUCGGAGGUGUUCUACGAGCUGGCACAGGAGCUGCCGCUGCCCCACAGUGUCACCUCCGGCCUGGACAAGGCCUCCAUAAUGAGGCUCAUCAUCAGCUACCUGUGCAUGAGAAAACUGCUCCACAACGAUGAGCCGGUGACAGAGGAGGAAACUGAGCUGGAAUCACAGAUAAACAGCGCCUACCUAAAGGCUUUGGACGGCUUUCUUUUGGUCCUGUCGGAAGAUGGAGAUAUGAUCUAUCUCUCCGAGAAUGUUAACAAGUGUCUCGGGAUGGCACAGUUUGACCUGACUGGACAAAGUGUCUUUGACUUCAUACAUCCCUGCGACCAGGAAGAGCUGAGGGAGAUGCUGGUCCACAAAACCGGCUCCAAAAAGGCCAAGGAGGCAGACACGAAGCGCAGCUUCUUCCUGCGAAUGAAAUGCACUCUCACCAAUAGGGGGCGCACUGUCAACGUCAAAUCAGCUACAUGGAAGGUGCUCCACUGCUCUGGUCAUGUGCGUGUACAUGACAACCCCACCGAGGAGACCUCCAACGGGCACAAGGAGCCCCCAGCCCCCUACCUGGUUCUGAUCUGUGAUCCCAUCCAACAUCCCUCCAACAUUGAGGUCCCUCUUGACACCAAGACUUUUCUCAGCCGCCAUACGAUGGACAUGAAGUUCACGUACUGCGAUGAAAGGAUCACUGAGCUCAUGGGAUAUGAUCCAGAGGACCUGUUGGAUCGUUCUGUGUACGAGUACUAUCAUGCUCUGGACUCGGACCAUCUUAACAAGACUCACCACAACUUGUUUGCAAAGGGCCAAGUCAGCACAGGCCAGUACCGGAUGUUGGCCAAGAGAGGAGGCUUUGUGUGGGUGGAAACUCAAGCCACUAUCAUCUACAACAACAAGAACUCCCAGCCACAGUGUGUUGUCUGUGUCAACUUUGUGCUCAGUGGCAUCUAGGAGGAGAAACUGAUACUGUCCAUGGAUCAAAUCGAGGAUGUGAAGCCAGUGACGGAGGAGCUGCUGCAGCGGGCAGAAAAGGAAGUUGCUGAGAGCAGCCAGCCCAACUUGUCUCAGUCCCCGCUCAAGGACGAGGAGAAGAGCCCGGAGCUGGAUGUGAUCAAACUGUUCACACGGGCAGCAGAGGUCGACUCUCCAGCCAGCCUGUACGACCAGCUGAAGGCGGAGCCGGAGGCCCUCACUCUGCUGGCCCCCGCUGCUGGAGACGCCGUCAUCUCCCUGGACUUCAGCUGCCCUGAGUCCGAGAUCCUGUUGGUGAAGGAGGUCCCCCUGUACAAUGAUGUAAUGCUUCCCUCCACCGGCGACCAGUUGACUCCGCCUCUCUCCCCUCUGCCGCUGAGCGAGACUCUCCGUGUCACCGCCGUCAGCUCUGAGGAUGCUAAAGCUAAGAGCUACGCUCCAGCCCGGUCCACCUCAUCGGCCAUCCACCGCUCCUCAAAGGCCGACAGUCCGCUGGACUUUUGUUACCCCAUGGACUCAGAGAUGAGCUCAGAUUUCAAACUAGACUUGGUGGAGAGGCUGUUUGCAAUUGAUACAGAGACCAAGACCCCCUUCACCACCCAGGCAAUGGAAGACUUGGAUCUGGAGAUGUUAGCUCCUUACAUCCCUAUGGAUGAUGACUUCCAGCUGCGCAGUCUGACCCCGGAAGAGUCUUUGUCUAGUGGAUCAGUCAAAUCCCUUCAAGGUUCUCCAGUCCACGUGGCACAGGACAUCCACAGCUAUCCCAGCUCCCCAUUCAGUGCACCAGGCAGUCGCACAGCUUCACCAGCACCGCUUCAAGCCCCUCAGCCGGCCACCAUCGCUGCCAAGAGAAUCCCGCAGCCGGACAAAGAGGUCUCGCUCAUGACCCUGGCAGCUGCAAAUUCCCAACGCAAAAGGAAGCUGGGUGAUGCAAUACAGACUAUUGGACAGAAGACGUUGCCUCUGGAACAGGUGGAGCAGGGCAAAAAGCUGAAGGCCUCGCCGUCAGAAACGACCAGGACCAUAUUUCUGCUGCCGUCAGAUUUGGCGAGUCGUCUUCUGGGAAGCACAUCGGACGGCACCAGUUCCCCUUUCACCCUGCCACAGCUCACCCGCUACGACUGCGAGGUCAACGCCCCCCUGCAGGGUCGUCAGUCCCUGCUGCAGGGAGAGGAGCUGCUGUGCGCUCUGGACCUCGUCAACGCAAUUUAA